UAUUAGACUUCUUAUUGUUAGCUUUCACAAAAAAAAAACUCAUCCGUUUUCUCUCUCGUCAUCAGUUUUAGGGUUUGAUAUUUAUCAUCGACCGACUAUGUCUACUCCGACGAAGAUCUUGUUGAAGAGUUCUGAUGGUGAGGUUUUCGAGGUGGAUGAGGCGGUUGCUUUGGAAUCGCAGACCAUCAAGCACUUGAUUGAGGACGAUUGCGCCGGCUCUAACAUCCCUCUCCCUAAUGUUACAAGCAAGAUCUUGGCAAAGGUGAUUGAGUACUCUAAGCGCCAUGUCGAAGCCUCGUCUAAGACAGAGGACAAGGCCGCCGAGGAUGAAUUGAAGGUCUUUGAUGCUGAAUUUGUUAAAGUUGAUCAGGGAACUCUUUUUGAUCUGAUUCUGGCGGCUAACUACCUGAAUAUCAAGAGUCUGCUUGAUCUGACCUGUCAGACUGUGGCAGACAUGAUCAAAGGAAAGACUCCGGAGGAGAUCCGAAAGACUUUUAACAUCAAGAACGACUUCACUCCGGAGGAAGAGGAGGAGGUCAGGAGGGAGAAUGCUUGGGCAUUUGAAUGAAGCCAACCAAUGUUCUCAUAUUCUGGUGAUGGAGUUGGGAAUAUAUAGUAGUAGAUUUCUAUCAGCAAUCGUUAUGUAGUAGUAAAUAUGUCCUUGAUGUUUGCUUCUGAACCUUUAGAUAUUGUUCUUCCUAACUUUUGCAGUAAAACUUUGUUCUUCAGUGAAGACGAGUUGAUCCAGUUUUUACUUAGUUACAUAUUGCUGGAGAUA